GCGGCCCCGCGAGGCGCGUCUCCCUCGCGAGCUCGCGGUGAAAGGAUUUGGCGCCAGGCGGGUCCGGCUCCGCAGCUCCCGCAGCCGCACGAACCCCCCGCGCCUCCCGCCCGCACCCACAGCCCGCCGGGGCACUGACACACCGCACGCAGAGCCAGAGCCGCCCGUCUGUCCCUGCUCGCCGCCGCCCGCGCGCCGCCCAGGGACCGAGCCGCCAGUGCCGCCGCCGCCGCCAUGAGCUGCUCGCCCGUGAACGUGAAGAAGCUGAAGGUGUCGGAGCUGAAGGAGGAGCUGAAAAAGCGGCGUCUCUCCGACAAGGGCCUUAAGGCUGAGCUCAUGGAGCGGCUCCAGGCCGCGCUAGACCAGGAGGAGGCCGGCGGGGGCGGCCCCGCCAGCGGCGCGGCCGAGCCCGGCAACGGCAGCGUGGAGGGGGAGGCGGCCGAGAGCGGCGGGGGCGCCGCGCAGCUCCGCCAGGGGGGAGGCCCCGGCCAGGCCGCGGCCUCCGCCAUGGAGGACGACGACGAGGAAGGGCUGGAGGCCGCCGAUGGCGACGCCAUGGAGCUUGGCGAGGAGAACGGCGAGCGGGCAGGGGCCGGGGGCGGCCCCAUGGAGGAGGAGGCGGGCGGCGAGGAGGAGGAAGAGGAGGAGGAGGAGGAUGAGAACGGCGACGACCAGGGUUUCCAAGAGGGGGAGGACGAGUUGGCCGACGAGGAGGAGGCCGCGGCCGGAGACGCCAACGGCCACGGUGACCAGCAGCCGCCGCAGCCCCAGCAGCCGCAGCAGCCCCCUCCGCUCCUCCCGCCGCGCAGCGCCGCUACGGCCAAGGAGGCUCCCGGGAAGAGCGCUGGGGGUGCCUCGGGGCCCGCCGCUGCCUCUGGCCCGGCGGGCCCCGCCAAGCAGCAGCAGCAGCAGCAGAAAAAAGCGGAAGGCGGCGGCGGAGGCGGCCGCCCUGGGGCGCAGGGCGCCGGGGGAGAGGGUAAAACAGAGCAAAAGCCUGGUGAGAAGAAGAGGGGAGUAAAGAGACCACGUGAAGACCAUGGCCGGGGAUACUUUGAAUACAUUGAGGAAAACAAGUAUAGCAGGGCCAAGUCCCCUCAACCACCUGUUGAAGAAGAAGACGAACAUUUUGAUGACACAGUGGUUUGUCUUGAUACUUAUAACUGUGACCUGCAUUUUAAAAUCUCAAGAGACCGGUUUAGUGCUUCCUCUCUGACCAUGGAAAGCUUUGCUUUCCUUUGGGCUGGAGGGAGAGCCUCCUAUGGAGUUUCUAAAGGCAAAGUCUGCUUUGAGAUGAAGGUUACAGAAAAGAUUCCUGUUAAACAUCUGUAUACAAAAGACAUUGACAUACAUGAAGUGCGAGUUGGCUGGUCACUGAACACAAGUGGAAUGUUGCUUGGUGAAGAAGAAUUUUCUUACGGUUAUUCUCUAAAAGGAAUAAAGACUUGCAAUUGUGAGACUGAAGACUUUGGUGAGAAGUUUGAUGAAAAUGAUGUGAUUGGAUGUUUUGCUAAUUUUGAUGGUGAUGAAGUGGAGCUCUCAUAUUCCAAGAAUGGACAAGAGCUUGGUGUUGCAUUCAAAAUAAGCAAGGAAGUUCUUGAUGGGCGACCACUCUUUCCACAUGUUCUCUGCCAUAACUGUGCGGUUGAGUUUAACUUUGGUCAGAAGGAGGAACCCUACUUUCCAGUACCUGAAGAGUACACCUUCAUCCAGAAGGUCCCCCUGGAGGAUAGGGUCCGAGGACCAAAGGGACCUGAGCAAAAGAAGGAUUGUGAAGUGGUGAUGAUGAUUGGCUUGCCAGGAGCUGGCAAGACUACAUGGGUUACCAAACAUGCAGCAGCAAAUCCUGGAAAAUACAAUAUUCUUGGGACAAAUACUAUUAUGGACAAAAUGAUGGUUGCAGGUUUUAAGCGUCAGAUGGCAGACACUGGAAAACUUAACACACUGUUGCAGAGAGCUCCACAGUGUCUUGGAAAGUUCAUUGAGAUUGCAGCUCGUAAGAAGCGGAAUUUCAUUUUGGAUCAGACAAAUGUGUCUGCAGCUGCGCAGAGGAGAAAAAUGUGCCUGUUUGCAGGCUUCCAGCGCAAAGCAGUUGUUGUUUGCCCAAAAGAUGAAGACUACAAGCAAAGAACACAAAAGAAGGCAGAGGUGGAGGGAAAAGAUCUUCCAGAGCAUGCAGUUCUCAAAAUGAAAGGGAACUUCACACUGCCAGAGGUAGCAGAAUGUUUUGAUGAAAUAAUCUAUGUAGAGUUGCAAAAAGAAGAAGCUCAGAAGCUUUUGGAACAGUAUAAAGAAGAAAGUAAGAAAGCUCUUCCGCCAGAAAAGAAACAGAACACUGGCUCAAAGAAGAACAAGAAGAGCAAUAAAAAUCAAUUUAAUAGGGGUCAGAGAGGACGUGGAGGAUUCAACAUGCGGGGCAACUUCAGAGGAGGAGUCCCUGGCAAUCGUGGUGGAUACAACAGGAGGGGAGGCAACAUGCCUCAGCGAGGUGGUGGAGGUGGCGGUGGUGGCGGUGGCAGCAGCGGAGCAAUUGGCUACCCCUAUCCUCGCGGCCCUGUCUUUCCAAGCAGAGGUGGCUACUCAAACAGAGGAAACUAUAACAGAGGUGGAAUGCCCAACAGGGGAAACUACAACCAGAACUUCAGAGGAAGGGGAAAUAAUCGUGGCUACAAAAACCAAUCUCAGGGCUACAACCAGUGGCAGCAGGGUCAAUUCUGGGGUCAGAAGCCAUGGAGUCAGCAUUAUCACCAAGGAUAUUAUUGAAUACCCAAAUAAAUGAACUGAUACAUAUUUCUCCAAAACCUUCACAAGAAGUCGACUGUUUUCUUUAGUAGGCUAACUUUUUAAACAUUCCACAAGAGGAAGUGCCUGCGGGUUCCUUUUUUAGAAGCUUUGUGGGUUGAUUUUUUCUUUUCUUUUUUUGUACAUUUUUAAUUGCAGUUUUAAAGUGAUUCGUAAGAGAACCUCAGCAUUGUGCACGAAAAGAGAAUGUGUCAGUAUUUCAGGGUUCUACAUUUUAUCUGUAAAAUGUGACUUUUUUUUUACCACAACAAAAGUAAAACGUUGCUUUGUACCUGGUGUCUUUUUAUUAAAGAAUUUUCUCCUUUUUCCCCAUCCCCCAAUUUCUAAGAAACAGUCGUGAGUCAUGUCACAAUAUGAUAGAAAUGUUAGCAACCAGAUUCGUGUGGAGGCAUCUUAGUAGCCCUCAAAUACCAUGAGAUUAUGUAAAGCUCCCUAUUACACUCCAUCCUCUCUAUGAAGCUCUUGGGUGGGGAGGGGAGGAGGGGGAGGCAAAAGUUUCUGGCAAUAACUAGGACUUUUUUGUAACAUUUGGAACUCAAGAUGUUGGGGGCGAAGAGGAAACCUGGGGCUAAAUAGUGAUGGUGGAGUGUAUGUAGAAGCUCUUAAAGUUGUAAAACUCGGUUGCUUUAUUUGUGGAGGCUCAAACUUGUGAAGGUACAACACCAUAAUUUUUUUUUCCAUUUGUUCUGCAUUUUGAUUCUGAAAAGAAGCUGGCUUUGCCCAUUUCUUAUUAAACAAAACUUGUUGUAAAUCCAGUUGUCUAAUGGGAUCUAUAUGAAGUUAGCUGUGUGUCUGUAUAACUCUUUCCCCACAAAAUACUGUAUACCUAGUGUGCUUGUAGUAGUUACCUCCACCAUUUUGUAAGCUAAUGAAACUGUGAGUCACCCAUUUUCUAUCUUAAUUUCUAAUCAUGUCAAUUCUCAAAUGGGUGUAUCUCCUUAGCCUGCUGAUUCCUUUUCUCUUUAAAGAAAGUGGGUGGAGAAGUUUAACUCUAGACGUUUGUUUGCAAUAAAAUAAAUUCAUUUUA